AAACACUUAUCUCUUCUUUCACAUGUGUGUGUGAGUGUAGUGUGUGUAUACAUGAGCCGGUGACCCUUUGAUGUCGCCGGUCGGAAAAUGUCACCAGCGGGUAGAUUUGGCAGUGAUGGUGAGUCUUAUCCGGUGGCGCUGGCAUCCCAUGAAGGCGUCGUUAAAGACUCCUCUCUCUUCUGGGAAACCCUCCGGAGCUUUCACCGCUUCAUGGGCACCCCACUUAUGGUUCCAGUGAUAGGAGGAAAGGAGCUGAAUUUGCAUGUCUUGUACACAGAGGUCACCAAGAGGGGUGGUUUUGACAAGGUUGUAAGAUUAAAAAAAUGGAGGGAAGUGAGUGAAAGUUUCGGAUUCUCCACAACGACAACAAGUGCUUCCUAUGCAUUAAGGAAACGUUACAUGAAAUUCUUGUAUCACUAUGAAAUCGUUUAUUUUUUGACAUCGGAAUCAUCCACACAUUCAGACUCAGGUGGUUUUAUAACUCUGGAAGCUACGGGGAUAAUUGAUAACAAGUUUGAAUACGGUUAUUUAGUGAGAAUGAAGUUGGAUUCAGAGAUCCUCCAUGGAGUACUUUAUCAUCCACAACACAACAAUGUCGUCAUUCCAAACAUGGACUUGACUACUUCAAGGAAAAGAAGAAAUCGGAGAAAAAGUGGAGACCCGACCCGACCCAAAACUAAUAGAAGCGGUUACAAUUUCUUCUUUGCAGAAAAGCAUGCCGAGUUGAAGUCAAAAUAUCCCGACAGGGAAAGAGAGUUCACAAAGAUGAUUGGCGACUCUUGGAACAACCUUUCGCCAGAAGAUAAAAGCGUUUACCAGAAGCAAGGAUUGGUGGAUAAGGAGAGGUAUCAAAGGGAAAUGGCUGAAUACAAAGAAAGAGCUAAACACUUGAAUGUUGAACAUGACUUGAGGUUGAUGGAGUAAAACUGUUUUUUCUUUUCUUUUCUUUUUCUUCGAGGUAAAAGGAUUUGUAUAUUCUUGAACGAUGGUCAACCAAAAUGGCAUUAAAAUUAUAGUUUUCAAAAGGAUUUUGAUUCGACUUAAGUCUAGGUUUUUAUUAUGGUAAACUACAAUGGCAUUAAAAUUGUAUAUUCGAUUUUGAUAGGACAUUGUGAAAGCUUAAAAUCAGAGUAGCAAAAUCAUAUUUGUUUGUCUA